AUGGUGGCUUUGUCAGUCUUUGUUUUCCUGCUGGCCCUGAGCAGAGGUGAGAGAGAGUUGGACCCUGAGAUCCCACCCCCAGGGGAAGCCACUGAUCCUGACCUGUUCCUGCCGGGGUCCUGCCAGCCAGUCCCCUCCUGCCAGAAGUGCAUCCUCUCACACCCCAGCUGUGCAUGGUGCAAGCAACUGGUAAAGAUGGUGCAUGGCCUUGGAGCCAUACGGAUCUGCCAUUCCUGCCCUCUCCCAGGUUUUGGUUCCUUCGUGGACAAAACGGUGCUGCCCUUCGUGAGCACAGUGUCCCACAAGCUGCGCCACCCCUGCCCCAACCGACUGGAGCGCUGCCAGUCGCCCUUCAGCUUUCGCCACGUGCUGUCCGAGCAGAUUGGCUGGAGAAAUGUGUCCCGGCUCCUCGUGUUCACUUCAGACGACACAUUCCACACAGCUGGGGAUGGGAAGUUGGGUGGCAUUUUCAUGCCCAGUGAUGGUCACUGUCACUUGGACAGCAAUGGCCUCUACAGUCGCAGCACAGAGUUUGACUACCCCUCCGUGGGCCAGGUAGCCCAGGCUCUCUCUGCAGCAAACAUCCAGCCCAUCUUUGCUGUCACCAGUGCCAUACUGCCUGUCUACCAGGAGCUGAGUAAGCUGAUUCCUAAGUCUGCAGUGGGAGAACUGAGUGAGGACUCCAGCAAUGUGGUGCAGCUCAUCAUGGACGCCUACAACAGCCUGUCAUCCACUGUGACCCUUGAACACUCUUCACUCCCCCCUGGAGUCCGGAUCUCUUACAAAUCCCAGUGUGAGGGUCCUGAGACGAGGGAGGGUAAGGCUGGGAAUCGAGGACAAUGCAGCCAGGUCCGAACCAACCAGACGGUGAAUUUCUGGGUUACUCUCCAAGCCACCCACUGCCUCCCGGAGCCCCAUCUCCUGCGACUCCGGGCCCUUGGCUUCUCAGAGGAGCUGGCUGUGGAGCUGCACACACUGUGUGAUUGUAAUUGCAGUGACACCCAGCCCCAGGCUCCCCACUGCAGCGACGGCCAGGGACACCUACAGUGUGGGGUGUGCAGCUGUGUGCCCGGCCGCCUGGGUCGGCUCUGUGAGUGCUCCGAGGCCGAGUUGUCCUCCCUGGAUCUGGAAGCCGGGUGCCGGGCCCCCAACGGGACAGGGCCUCUGUGCAGUGGGAAGGGCCGGUGUCAGUGCGGACGCUGCAGCUGCAGCGGACAGAGCUCCGGGCGCCUGUGCGAGUGCGAUGACGCCAGCUGUGAGCGCCACGAGGGCAUCCUCUGUGGAGGCUUCGGCAGCUGCCAGUGCGGGGUGUGUCACUGUCGUGCCAACCGCACGGGCAGAGCAUGUGAGUGCAGCGGGGACGAGGACAGCUGUGUCAGUCCCGAGGGAGGGCUCUGCAGUGGACACGGACACUGCAAAUGCAACCGCUGCCAGUGCUCGGACGGCUACUUCGGUGCUCUGUGUGACCAGUGCCCAGGCUGCAAGACACCAUGUGAGAGAUACAGGGACUGUGCCGAGUGUGAGGCCUUUGGGACUGGCCCCCUGGCCACCAAUUGCAGCAGGGUCUGUGCCCACGUCAACAUGACCCUGGCCUUGGACCCUGUCUUGGAUGAUGGCUGGUGCAAGGAGAGGACCCUGGACAACCAGCUGUUCUUCUUCUCCGUGGAGGAGAAAGCCGGAGGCAGGGUCGUGCUGAGAGUGAGACCCCAAGAGAAGGGAGCAGACCACACCCAGGCCAUUGUGCUGGGCUGCGUGGGGGGCAUCGUAGCAGUGGGGCUGGGGCUGGUCCUGGCUUACCGGCUCUCGGUGGAAAUCUACGACCGCCGGGAAUACAAUCGCUUUGAGAAAGAGCAGCAGCAACUCACCUGGAAGCAGGACAACAAUCCUCUCUACAAAAGUGCCAUCACGACCAUCAUCAAUCCCCGCUUUCAGGAGGCAGACAGUCCUGCUCUCUGAAGGAGGGCAG